AUGAGUACCGCUUCAGCAGCCAGAAAAAUCACCCAGCCCCCCUGGUACAAGCCGUCCCCACCUCCAGGCGAAAAACCAGCCCUCAAGCUUUACAACUCGCUCACCAGGAACAAGGAACACUUUGUGCCCUUGAACCACAACCAAAUCACCUGGUACUGCUGCGGUCCCACCGUCUACAACCAUGCCCACAUGGGCCAUGCACGUAACUACGUGUGUAGCGACAUUUGCCGUCGAAUUUUGCAGGAUUACUUUGGCUACAAUGUGGAGUUUGUUCAGAAUGUGACUGAUAUCGAUGAUAAGAUCAUUGUGGCUGCUCGUCACGAGUACUUGUUUGAGGAAGAGAUGGAGAAGAAGUAUGGAAGCGUGGAGCCGGAGCUUCUAGAAGAAUCUAAAGGGUACUUGAAGGAGUACGUGGCGAAGAACUUGCCGAGGUAUGAAGGAGAGUUGACUGGAUUGGUGGCAUGGAUAGACUCUUUGGACCUCCAGGCGCUUGCGGUGGACGAACCGAAAUUGCCAAUGUAUGCUAAGGCAGCUAGAGAUGCCCACGUGGCUGUUUUCAAGCCGGAAACGGACGUGGCGGCGUUUUUGGCGGCGGUUAAAGACGUUUCGGUGCCUAGUUUGGAUAAAAAGCAUGGUUCUACUGUAACUGACCCUGAAAUCUUUAAAAAAUUGCCUGCGUUUUGGGAAAACAAGUUUAACCAGGAUAUGGAUAAGCUCAAUGUGCUCCAGCCCACGGUGACGACCCGUGUUUCAGAGUAUGUUCCAGAUAUCAUUGCAUUUGUGGAAAAAAUCAUUUCCAAUGGGUUUGCGUAUGCUACAAAAGAUGGAUCUGUAUAUUUCGAUACUGUCCGGUUCGAAAACGACCCAAACCACGAGUACGCCAAAUUGCAGCCCUGGAAUAAAGGUUCCUUGGACCUUAUCAACGAUGGAGAAGGUCUGUUGUCUCUAGAAGGCACAUCCAAGAAACUGCCGGCUGAUUUCGCUCUUUGGAAAGCGUCCAAGCCUGGCGAGCCUGCGUGGGACUCGAAAUGGGGCCCAGGAAGACCAGGCUGGCACAUUGAGUGUUCUGUGAUGGCGUCAGACAUUUUGGGUGAAGUUAUCGAUAUCCACUCUGGAGGUGUCGAUUUGUGUUUCCCCCACCACGAUAACGAGUUGGCCCAAUCAGAAGCUUGCUUUAACAAUAAGCAGUGGAUCAACUACUUCAUGCAUAACGGCCACUUGCACAUCCAGGGCCAGAAAAUGUCCAAAUCGUUAAAGAACUUUAUUACCAUUGAAGAGGCGUUACAGACAUACACUUCUAGACAGCUUAGACUUGUUUUUGCGUUUGGAAACUGGGACAAACCGAUUGAUUUUAAGGAUUCGUUGAUUAACGAAGUCAAGGCGUACGAGCUGACGUUGCUGAAGUUUUUUACUACCGUGCGUGCUUUGAACACUGACUAUAAGCAUGCUGUUUCUUCAGCUCAGUAUGUUUCCAAACGUUUAACUGACGUUGAAACCAAGCUUUUGGCAGAUUUGGCCCUGGCUCAAAACGAGGCUCACGCUGCUUUCUGUGAUAACCUCUCCACGCCAGUGGUUUUGCGUGUGAUUCUGGAAUUGGUAUCGAAAACCAACACUUAUAUCCAAUCUACAGUUACUGGCGAGAACGAGUUACGCAUAGAACCAGUUCUUGCAAUCACCAAGUGGAUAGUGAAGGUUCUUGAUAUUCUUGGGUUCCCUGCAAGACCAGAUAAGCUCGGAUGGCUUGAUUCUGCUGAAGGAGAAGCUGGCGUUGGCGGAUCCACUGAAGAAAUCGCCAUGCCGUUCGUCAAGGCCUUGUCUCUGUUCAGAGAUACAGUUAGAGAGUUGGCGAAAUCGAAGGCUGAGUCUGGCGCUCUUUUGAGUGCUUCUGAUGCCUUGAGAAGCGACUUAAUCAGCUUGGGCAUUUCUCUUGACGAUAGACCAAAUGGAGGUGCUUUGGUGAAGUUCCUUAACGAACAGGAAAGAGAGGAGUUUGUCAAGCAGCAGGACCUCAAGAAGGAGCAGGCGCUUCAGAAAGAACGCAAGAAGCAGGAGCAAGCAGCUGCCAACGCCAAGAAGGAACAGGAAAGACUUGAAAAGGCCAAAAUCGCUCCUAAGGACCUUUUCCAGGAUAAAUCUUUGUAUUCUGAAUGGGACGACUUGGGGCUUCCUACAAAGACGGCUGCCGGUGAAGAAGUGACCAAGAGCAUGCGCAAGAAGUUGGCCAAGCAGCAGCAACAGCAGGAGAAGCUCCACCAGGAGUAUUUGAGGAAAUAG